GACUGUACUCUACUUCCUCUCUCUAUAUAUAACACAUAGAUAUACUUUUCUUUCAAUCUUCAAGAAACCUCAAAAAAAAUUUCUCAAAAUAUUUGAUAUUUCUGUGUUUCUAAUUAUAAUCAACUUGGGUUUCAUUUCUCCAGUUUUCUUUCUCUGAACUUAAAGUUGUUGGAGCACAAAAACAAAAGUGAGGGACAGCAUGUUGUGUUGCACUCUAUUUGUUGAUGUAUAUAGGAAAGUUAUCUCCUUGAACUUGUACUGUCAUGUAAUUCUGUAGAAUACCACCAAAAAAAAAAAAAGCUUAUUCUUGAAAUCUCGAUUAGUUUUUCACAUCCGAAAAUCGUAUUUUUGUUAGUAAUCUUCCAUGGGAUCCACACAUUUCAUUGUCAUACCAUGCUACGUUCUUAGUAUUAGCUAAGAAUUUCGUCCUCUUCAGCGCUAUCGUCGUUCUUGGUAAAUUGGGGAUAUUCUCAUUCACUGUUGCUUUCUAGAUAGAGUUUAUUUGAGAGACUUGGUGGGAGUUGUUUGAAAUCACUGGUCUUUUUGAUUGUGGUGUUGUACUUGUUUUGAGUGAGGGAAGGGUUGGAACAAGUAGUUAUGGUGUGUCAAGCAGCUGGCCAGACAAGAUUUCGGGCAUUAAAACACGAAAAUGGAAUUGCGGGGUGUGCCACCAUAAUCGUUAGAGUUAUAGCGUGCUUUCAACCUCUUCAAGAUUGCCAGGCUGAAUAUUUCCGACAGUUGCUGAAACCUGUCACGUAGUUUUAUUAUCUUUCUUUGUUAUUGCAUCCUAGUUAAGCUGGAAUUUUUGGAUUUUCUGUUGUUUCUCAAGUCUUCAAGAAGUAAUCAGCAAUUUGUAUUACCUCAGUUGUUUAAAGCUGGUGAUUGUUGAGAUUGAAUGGAAAGAGACAUUUUAUCUUGGUUCCAUCACCAGUAUCCAGAUCUGAAAUCAGCCCAUUCGAACUUUUCUAGUCGUGGACUAAAUAUCGGGCAGCAGAAUUCUGUUCCUAUUUACAUGACUCCAUACUCGAACGAGGUUCCAGUUAAAGGGGAUUAUUCUCCCUCUUUAUUUUCUGGGCUGCUAGAGUCAAAGGCAAUCCAACCAACUGAACCUCACAAUUUGUUCCACUGUUUACCACAGUUUCAUCAGGGUUUUGCUCCAGUUUUGAGCACUAUAGUGAAAGAGAAGAUUGCUACUCAAUCAGUUGACAAUGCAGGCCUGGGAUCCGCGCAGAAAAGAUUUCUUGUCUUUGAUCAAUCUGGUGAUCAAACAACUUGUACUCCUGUACAAUGCCUGCCCUCUUGGCUUCCGAACCCCGCUGCACCUUGUAAUGUGAUUAAUAAAGCCCCACAGAUUAAAGGGAAUAGAAUUUGUUCAUCUGGGCAUUACCUCAGUGGUGAAUAUUUUGAAGAAAACCAUAGAGAAGAUGUGGAAAGUGAAUUGCACGAGGAUACUGAAGAACUGAAUGCUCUACUCUACUCAGAUGAUGAUGAUAGUUAUUCCGAGGAUGGUGAAGUAGUAAGCACAGGUCACUCGCCUAGUACUAUGACAGUUCAUGAUUAUUCCGAAGAAGGUGAAGAAGUAGCUAGUUCGGAAUGGCCAAGCAAAAGGCGUAAACGAUUAGAUGGUGGCAUUGAUAUGCCAUCACUCGUGGAUACCGCAACCUCUGCAAAACCCUUUACUUGUUCUGACUUAGAGGAUGAUGCAGAAUCCAGUUGUGGCAACAGUGAUCAAGUUUUGGAGUCUGUUUCUCUGUCUGGGAAAAAGAGGCCAAGAAAAGAUCAAAUUCUUGAGACAAUAAGCAUUUUGCAGAGAAUAAUCCCUGGAGGGAAAGGAAAAGACUCGAUGGAUGUCAUUGACGAAGCAAUCUGUUACUUGAGAUCACUGAAGGUGAAAGCUAAGUCCUUAGGACUUGAUACUGUUUGAGCUUCAGUAUGCUUCUGCUGAUAACAGUCUAGUACUAGCAGUGUUGGUGCUUGUGGCUUAAUAAGUUUUUGUGAAUAAAUAAACAGAAAGCUCAGAUGUGGUGUUGUAAAGAGGACUUCGCUGAGGUCUACUG